UCCUAUUGGAGCCAACGCCUUUAUUAUCCAAAGAAUGACUCGUGAUGGUAGACAGGCUUUUCAUUUGACGUCACCUGCGCCGUGUUGGACUACAGCGUACGUCUGUAAACCAUACGAAGAUGUGACUGCUUAAUUCAAUUACCCGCCAACGUGGUCGUCGGAGGAUUUAAAUUAUAAUUAGUAUGACGUCAAGAAAAGCCUGUAUACCGUCAAAGCCAACAGCUGAGAUAUGACGUUAACGAUCGUUGGCGCGCUGUAUUAAAGUCGAAACGAUCGACCAGUCGGUCGGACCCGUGCGUGCACUUGACUUGCAUGAUGUUUGCUGCGCUUGUUUGCUCUGAGCAGUACAAAGGUUGAGGUGUUACAGCUCACUGAGCUCAGUCCAAAAAGUGUAAACUUGACUGUCGACAUCACCGCCAUGAUGGGGUAUCAAUUUCUGAGGAGCGGCUUGAAGGUGACCAACAUUUGCCGGGACAAAUGUUGGCAUCAUGAUGAAACGCGACUACGGUAGGUGUUAUUCUAACUUGCGAAAAGUGAGCCAUCUGCUUGGAGCAUGUGACCCUCUUGGUUGCUGGAUCGCGCAGUGAACAGACAUUGUAAAUCCGUCUAAAGGGAUCGGAAUAGUUAUUGAGUGUUGUGACAAAGACACAAGAGCAACUUGAACAAGACACUGGUUCUCCCCACAGCACGCCUUGAUCCCUUCCAAUGGAAUUCAGUCAGCAGCUGUGAUAUAAUACGACCUACCGGUCGUUGACCCACCUCCACAGUCCGAUGACCCUCGCCGAGUCUUUGUGUACGGAGCUCUGUUGCAGUCAUUUGUGCUGGUGUUUUAGGUCAGGCCGGUUAGGUGUGGAGCUCCUUCGUAAAACAGUACAAGGUGAACAUGGCCGACAAGACUGAGUACCGAUUCCUGGGCGGCAGUGGGCUGAAGGUGUCCAACAUCUGCCUGGGCACCUUGACGUUUGGAAACUGGGCGCUUUUCCCCGGCCAGUGCGACGAGGCGGCCUCCCAUGCCAUUCUGGAUCGCUACGUAGAGCUGGGAGGAAACUUCAUCGAUACAGCAGACAUAUAUGCAGAGGGCAGGUCUGAGGAAACCAUAGGAACCUGGUUGGAAAAGCAGCAGCGAGAGAAGUUUGUUGUAGCCACCAAAGUCCGGUUCAACACCAGUAAGGACAUAAACAGCGUGGGGCUGAGCCGCCAUCACAUCAUGCAGUCCAUAGACGACAGUCUGCGCAGGCUCCGUACGGCCUAUGUGGACCUGUACCAGAUACAUGCGUGGGACGAGGCUGUCCCCAUCGAAGAGACCCUGUCAGCCCUGAAUGACCUGGUGCUCGCAGGGAAGGUGCGUUACCUGGGCGCCAGUAACGUCACCGGUUGGCAGCUGCAGAAGAUUGUUGAGCUGAGCAAGUCCAUGGGACUCAACAAGUGGAUUUCUCUUCAGGUGGAGUACAACCUGCUGUGCCGUGGGAUCGAGUGGGAGCUGACUGACGUCUGCAGGCGGGAGGGUAUCGGCAUCAUCCCGUGGAGUCCACUUAAAGGAGGCCUGCUGACAGGGAAGUUCAAAAGAGAAGAUGACGCGCCCGAAGGAAGCAGAAUCGCGCACACUACGAAGAAGGGAAUAGAUAUGGAGGCGGCCCCAAACUUCGAGAGGAUUAAAAAAGAUGACAAGACCUGGAAGAUCAUUGAUGUCGCGAAGAAUACCGCUGAGGCUCAUGGUAGGUUCAGAAGAGCAUCAUAGUUGGUGCUCAAUGCUUAGUGCAAAUUGUAGCCUAGGCCUGUUGCUGAUGAGGCAGAUACAAGCCCAUAAUAAGUAUUAUAAGGAGUAAUAACGAAACCUGCCGUCUAGAAGUCGGAUUCACAGUGUACAUACCAUGUUAUCACUUCCAGGUAAAGCCCCGGCGCAGAUUGCAAUCCGCUGGCUGCUACAGAAGGACGUGGUGUCGUCUGUCAUCAUUGGCGCGAAAACUCUUCAGCAGCUGGAGGACAACAUGGGCGCCUCCACUGGCUGGGAGAUCACGGAGGAAACGAUGGCUGAGCUCGACACUGUCAGCCAGAUUGAACCAACCUACCCGUAUAAAAUGAUCACAAGUAGGAACCGCGACAGGGUGAGGAACAACAUGUGCCAGUAGAGUGAGUGGCAUAAUUCCAUGGAGAAAGCUGUUAAGAUAAACAGUGAUCUGCUAUACGAGUAUAUCGCUGUUCAGCGAUACAUGCUACUUCCACAGCCUGGAUUAAUGUACACAACGCCAGAUCUUGAAUGAUAAACACUACAACUUAUGAACGAAUGAGAUUAGACUCUAAUGUGUACUCAUUUAUAGGAUAGGAAAUAUCUUCAUAAUAUCUGUCAUAUAUCAUUAAGCACAUAUCUAGUGCUGUAUCGUGCUACUACUUUAUUUACAGCAGGUUGUUGCUAAGGCAUCAACAGGUAGCAGAAGACCAAACAAACAGAACUUUAAUAACAAGCAAUACAUCAUUCCACAGAUGCCACAUUAUUGCUUUUAAUGACCAGAACCUAUACAUUCACUUUUCUGUGCCUUUGAAACAAGUCUCUUUAAAGUAAGUAGGCAGGAAUAACAGUCAACGAGUAUAUAGCUUGACACCAUUUGUUAGUGUAGUUGAUACGUUAUGUAAAUCUUAUCUUCCAAUCACUUUUAAAUGAAUGAAUAAAAUAAACCACCAGACUGCUAGUGAUAGGGGUAUCUUGU